AAAGAUCUUUUCAUGUACAUCAUAAUAGACACUAAAAAUUCUUCAUUUUAUUUUUUAAAAAAUGGCGACACUAGCAGCUUCCUCUUGCCUCCUCUCAUGUCUCCUUGUUUUGUUCUUGAGUUCAGUUUCAGCAGUCACAGAUGAUGAUAAACAGGUGUAUAUUGUCUACAUGGGCUCACUUUCGUCUCGAGCGGACUACACACCAACGUCCGAUCACAUGAGUAUUCUUCAAGAGGUCACCGGAGAAAGUUCGAUCGAAGGUCGUUUGGUGAGAAGUUACAAGAGGAGUUUCAACGGUUUCGCGGCCAGGCUCAGUGAGUCAGAACGAGAAAAAGUUGCCAAAAUGGUGGGAGUUGUUUCUGUAUUCCCAAAUAAGAAGUUACAACUUCAAACGACGACGUCUUGGGACUUCAUGGGGUUAAAGGAAGGAAAGAAGACAAAGAGGAACCCUACCGUGGAAAGUGAUACAAUUAUUGGAGUUAUCGACAGUGGGAUCACGCCGGAAUCUCUGAGCUUUUCCGACAAAGGCUUUAGUCCUCCUCCUAAGAAAUGGAAAGGUGUUUGUUCCGGCGGCGAAAAUUUCACAUGCAACAACAAGUUGAUUGGGGCAAGAGACUACACAAGCGAAGGUUCUAGGGACACGGAAGGCCACGGUACACACACUGCGUCCACGGCGGCUGGAAACGCAGUUGUGGACGCAAGCUUCUUUGGAAUCGGCAAUGGAACCAUAAGAGGUGGUGUUCCAGCCUCUAGAGUAGCCGCUUACAAAGUCUGCACCCCGACAGGGUGUAGUUCUGAAGCUCUAUUGUCUGCGUUCGAUGACGCGAUUGCUGAUGGAGUAGACCUCAUCACCAUCUCUAUCGGGGAUAAAACUGCGUCCAUGUUUGAAAAUGACCCGAUUGCGAUUGGGGCUUUUCACGCUAUGUCCAAAGGGAUCCUCACUGUGAAUUCCGCCGGUAACAGCGGUCCAAAACCAAUCUCAGUCUCGGGUGUAGCGCCGUGGAUCUUAACUGUUGCAGCCAGUACCACUAACCGUGGGUUUGUCACCAAAGUUGUUCUCGGAAAUGGCAAGACACUUGUCGGGAAGUCAGUGAAUGCUUACGAUAUGAAAGGAAAGGAAUACCCUCUAGUGUACGGAAAAUCUGCAGCUUCCUCCGCUUGCGACCCAGAAAGUGCAGGGCUUUGUGAGCUAUCGUGUCUAGACGAAUCCCGUGUGAAGGGAAAGAUCUUAGUGUGUGGUGGUCCGGGUGGUUUGAAGAUAUUUGAAUCAGUUGGAGCUAUUGGACUCAUUUAUCAAACCCCUAAACCAGACGUCGCCUUCAUUCACCCUUUACCUGCCGCUGGUUUACUAACAGAAGACUUUGAGUCUCUCCUCUCUUACCUUGAAUCAGCAGAUUCUCCACACGCGACUGUUCUAAAAACUGAAGCAAUCUUUAAUCGGCCAUCUCCUGUUAUUGCUUCCUUCUCUUCUCGCGGGCCAAACACCAUCGCUGUUGAUAUUCUCAAGCCAGAUAUAACAGCACCAGGAGUGGAGAUUCUUGCUGCAUAUUCACCUGAUGGUGAACCGUCUCAACAUGACACCAGACAUGUGAAGUACUCUGUUCUCUCUGGAACUUCAAUGUCUUGUCCGCACGUUGCAGGGGUGGCCGCGUAUGUCAAAACGUUUUACCCUAAAUGGUCUCCUUCCAUGAUUCAGUCUGCCAUCAUGACAACCGCUUGGCCUGUAAAUGCUACUAGAACUGGCAUCGCAUCGACCGAGUUUGCUUAUGGAGCUGGACAUGUCGACCCGAUAGCCGCUUCAAACCCUGGACUUGUCUAUGAAUUAGACAAAGCAGACCACAUCGCCUUUCUCUGCGGCAUGAACUACACUUCGCAUGUCCUGAAAGUCAUCUCUGGUGAAACCGUCACUUGCUCCGAGGAAAAAGAAAUCCUACCAAGAAACCUCAACUAUCCUUCAAUGUCGGCCAAAUUGUCAGGAUCUGGUACCACCUUCACUGUAACUUUCAACAGAACCUUGACUAAUGUCGGCACGCCAAACUCUGCAUACACAUCAAAGGUAGUGGCGGGUCACGGAUCUAAGCUCGACGUCAAGAUCAUGCCUAGUGUUCUGUCUUUUAAGGCAGUGAACGAGAAGCAAUCUUUUAUGGUCACUGUUACAGGCAGCGAUCUCGACCCUGAAGUCCCUUCGUCUGCAAAUCUAAUCUGGUCUGACGGUACUCAUAACGUGAGGAGUCCCAUUGUUAUUUACACUAGUGAUUACUGAUGAGUCAUCACUAAUUCACCAUCGUCAUCAUAAAUAAAUUUUUAUUUUUGUUGUAAUGUUUCUUCAUUCUAUGUUUUGGUUAUAUUAUUGCUCUUUGAUGUCUCGGCUUACUAUAUGUAUGUUGAUGUCUUGAGAUAUGCUAAUUGGAUAAUCGAGAUGCUUUGUUUUUUUUUA